GCUCCGCUCAGUGGGAGCCUCCUCGGCGUCAGCUCCCUCUCGCACCGACAUGGAUUCAAGCUGAACCGCGGCCGGUAGUUCUCACAUGGCAGGGCCGUGGAAGAGUCAACGAUCCGACGGUUACAUGCGUGGAAGUGGAACCAACACGCCUCGCCCUCCUCAUCGGAACAGGUCAGACCGGAGCAGGAAGCCGAGGCGAGCCGCUAGCAAACGUGGACCGUUCACUUUCAAUGACACUGUUCACAGCUAACUGGACCAAGUUAGUUUCAAACAGUCUGAAAGAACAGCAAGUCUGCAGCGAAGAGCUGGUUGUUUCUGUUUGACCCUCUUUCCGCUUUCAUUUCCGCUACUUCUCGGAUCAACAGUUACUUCCUCGAACUGAUUUCCAAAGAAAAAUGUAUUAUUGAACAUGUGUCAAACAGGAAGCCGAUGACUACAGCAUACGUGGGAAAGACUAGAGAAGGAGAGAAGUGACCAUGGAGGCUAUAUUCCACUCUCCCUUCACUGCAGCUGGCCAACUGCCUUGGCUGCUUCUGACUCUGUUUACAUUAUGGACAGUCUUAUGUUCAGCCGACAUGAAGCAGACAAGAUGGCCAUUAUAUUCCCACAAGCCAUUUCUUCUGGUCUGGAAUGCCCCAACACAGGAGUGUGCCCCGCGACAUCGUGUAACUCUGUCUCUGGACCAGUUCGACAUUGUGGCGUCUCCCAAUGAGGGCUUUGUCCGACAGAAUCUCACCAUUUUCUACAAGGAGCGUCUCGGUUUGUAUCCUUAUUACAAGCGAGAUGGCACGGCAGUGAAUGGAGGUCUUCCACAGCUCGCCAGCCUCGCUCAGCACUAUGAAAAGAUGCCCGGAGGCGUGCAGAAGUACAUCCGUGAGCCAGAUGCAAAAGGCCUGGCUGUUCUCGACUGGGAGGAGUGGCGCCCACUGUGGAUCCGAAAUUGGGAUAUCAAAGACGUUUAUCGAAGUAAAUCUCGUGAAAUGUUGGCCAAGAAGAAUCCUGGGUGGACCCCAGACCAAGUGACUAAAGUUGCACAGCAGGAAUUUGAGUCGUCAGCUCGUAAGUUUAUGCUGGAGACUUUAAAAUUGGCCAAGAGUCUGAGGCCCAAUCAACUAUGGGGCUUCUACCUGUUUCCAGACUGUUACAACCAUGAUUACAGGAAUGGACUGGAAAACUACACAGGCCGCUGCCCCUCAUUGGAGAUGGAACGCAAUGAUAAACUGAACUGGCUGUGGAUGGAGUGUACUGCGUUCUUCCCAUCCAUAUACAUGGGUUCGGUUCUACGCUCCUCAAACUACGGGCGUCUGUUUGUCCGGAACAGAGUGAAGGAGGCGAUGCGGCUGGCAUCUGUUGGAGAUGGAUUAGCAAAUCCUGUGUUUGUUUAUAGCCGACCUACGUAUAUGAAUCAGAUGACACUUCUAAGUGAGAUGGAUCUGGUCUCCACCAUCGGGGAGAGUGUUGCACUUGGAGCCGCAGGUAUAAUCUUCUGGGGGGAAAGCUCCUAUGCAAGCAGCGAGGAGAGCUGCUCCAUCCUAAAUAAGUAUCUUCAGGGACUCCUGGGCCAGUACCUGCUCAAUGUGUCCACAGCAGCAGAGCACUGCAGCCAGGUCAUGUGUAAAUCCCACGGCCGCUGUCUUCGCAGAGUACCAGACAGGGACGUGUACCUCCACCUCAGCCCCUUAACACACAGCAUCACCAGUCAGGGUGGCCAGUUAAAGGUUACAGGAGCACCUGGCCAAGCCGAGCUUACGCUUUACCACACACACUUCCAGUGCCAGUGCUACCAUGGGUACAGGGGUGAGGCUUGUGCUCUGAAAGAAAAAGGGCAGAAUAGAGCCUCCUCUGUCUUCGGGACCUGGCCCCUUUGCCUUUUACUCCCACUAGGACUCCUCACUCUGCUACACUGAGGAAGCACAGGAGCCCAAACUCCUAACCUGUGUCUGUCAGCUCUGAAAAGAACUCUAACUUUGUGAUGUAGAGGUGUCAGGUUACCCUGAACAAGUGACGGUGAAAUCCCGUCAUCACUCAUCUCGCACUAUGACAGGAACUUUUUAUCCCAGCACACAGGUCAUCUGAAAGUAAUAUUUCUGUCUUACACGCUGCACUGGAAGAUCUCCAGUCUUGGUUCAGCUCCUCGAACUCAUGUCCUUCAAUCCAUUUGGUAGCGGAUGAACUUGAAUUAUGUCACAAACCGAAUCCAAAUAUUAAGGCUUUUGCCAAGCUCCAUGCUUCACUUGACCUCCAGAUUGGACAGUCCCUUCAGAAACAAUUACAGCUUAACUUCUUUGAAUCCACCUGUACUUUCCUAUGGUGAACACAACAACAUGAUGCCUAACCAAAUGAGUGGAAACAAAUCAUCAUACAGUAUGUAUUAGUUGUUGGUGCAACAAAAUGGUACUUUUAGGUAUUUUGGCUUUUCAGAUUGCUGCCUAAUAGUGUGUUUCCGUUGAUGAAUCAAGUGCUAUGACCUAUAGUAUAUAAAUAGUACAUUAUGAUGGUGAUAAAUGUGGCAAAUUUAGUGUUAAAUCUCUUGAUUAUCUUUGGCUCAUUGAAACAAGAUGGCUGAACCUGCCUGUUUAAGUUUUCAGAAUUGUGCCUUAACUGGGCUCCAAAUGCUCUUUAACUUUUGUUUACAUGUUGUGAUCAAUGAGGGUUUUGCAUUAGUGCAGUGAUGUUCAUACCAGCCCCCUUUGGGCACAAUGCAAAAUGUGCAUAAAAAAGAGAGAAAGGACCAUAAAUCCAAACAAAUGUUAAUAUUUGUUUGAUGAAAAUGGUAACCUCUUACUUGGAUGUCACUGUGAAAAAGCUCAGCAUCCAGGUAGUGUAACAUUUGCCUUAUUAUUAUAAUUUUCUUGUCUUUUUGUGGCAUUUCAUCUUGAUUAAUAGGCUGGUAAACUGGUUGCAGAAAAAUUCGCUUCAGAAGAAUUCAAGCCCCCCCUGCAGGCUUGAAUGCCAUUUGCCUUAUUUUAUUAUUUUCUUGAGGACCGACUGGAGGUCUAUCAAAUGCGACAAGUAUCAUGUUAACGCAUCCUGUAUAAAUGCAAGAAUAUGUUAAUUUUCCAGUAGUGUGUCUUCGCUUCAACACUUGAGCAAGGAAAUACAAAAAUAAACACAAGAAUGUGUUUAUGCUGAAAAGAAUAUUGGCCAAUGUGUGGAUAUCAGAUAUAUCAGCUUCAGUAUUGAUAGAGUCUGUGCACAAUAACCAGUUUUAUUGCGUGUAGUGUGUAGCUUGACUUGCUUGUGUCUGGGUUCCUGCCAGUGAUGCUGUGUUGAUGGAAACUACUGUUGGUACAUCUUCAGACUUGUAAAUAUAUUUACUAGACUAAAACUAGCAGGGCAAUUUCAUAUUUAUACAGCAGCUGUUUGUAUUUAUUCUGCUUGGCAGUGCUCAAAGAAGUAUAAAGGUACCUAAAUAUGUGAGGAGGUGGGAAAUAACUAAUAGGUUUUACUGUUAAAAUAAACUGGAAAAUCGAGAAACACAGAACCGGUAUUGCAAUACAACAGUUUAUGUAUGCUGGACUUUUGAAAUUCUGCACUUUAACUCAUUUUCUGUCUAAUUUAAUCUUGGCUUGAUUCUUAUGCAUUAGGGGAAAAUAUGUAGUAUUGCUGCAAGCAAGACAUCACAGUAUAUAAUUUUUUUUCCAUUUAAUGUUUCAUUUAAUCUUUCAUGUAUUGGCUGUGAAUCUUAACCGUUGUUUGUCUUUAACUCUGUUGCUGUGUGAAAGUAUUCUAAUAAUUAUUUAGUCAUUAUCUUUUAAAUAUGAUGUGUACGAUCGUUAACACAGUAAAUCUGUUUUAUGGUAUAAAGAUAGAAGAAAUUUGUCACCCAUGUCUAAUGCUGAUGAAGUUUUUCAGCAAUUCUAGACUGAAAAGCCAUGGAUACCUCUUUAUAUUUUAAUAUCAGGCAAUGGGGGUAAAGGAAGAAGUGCAUUAAGCAUCCACACUUUUUGGGGCUUUUUACCCUUUUCACUCUAGAUACAUUAAACAUAUAGGGCCAGCCAUUUUACUUGGAUAGUGUUUCAACCUUUGAAUAACAGUAUUCACCUCUACCUACGACACAUAUAAUGCAUACAUUUAAAUGCACUCCAGUCAGAAGUAAUAGAACAUUUGUUGAGUAAGUGUCUUAAAUGGAAAAAAUGGAAUGGGCUUUUUAGAGACAUGUUUAAACAUGUAUUUUUGUAAUGUUCUUCUUGAUUAUUUUAUUUUGAAAGGACAGCCUUUCAGAGUAACCUUUUAAGAAGGUCACUGGUAUCUGGGAAUUGCACCGCUCAGCCUCCCCUGGAAAGUUUAUUCCAAGGUCCUUGAAGAGAGUUUCAGACCAAUUGUCUAACCUCAGAUUUAGGAGGGGCAAUGCAAAUUUGGAUCAUCUACUCCUCAUGUGUAUUGUGGAUUUGACGGAAGGCAUGGGACAGUGUCCCUUGAGGGACCCUGUGGGUGCAGUGCUGGUUUCUAAGUUUGCUGUAUCAUACAAAUCCUGUCUCUGAUAUCAAUGAUCAGGAUGUAAGGGCACAGCAGGGAGGAGGAGAGGGUCCAUUCUGCGAUUCUCAGAAUUAUGUCAAUCCUCUCUUUCUCCUGGGCACCUUUUCUUCGUCUUGUUGUUUUUAUUGCUUGAUUUUUUUCCAAAUGGGAGGAGACCCUGAAUUUACUGCAGGGAUUAAUAUCCCAACCAACUUUGGACCAGCUCUGGAUCCUCUACCAUCCACCUCUCCAUUCUAGAAGCAGCUUUGUGUCAUUGUUAGCGAGGAAAUAACCUUAAAAGCCUUAUUUUGCAAAAGUGCAAUAAUGUUAUUGUUUGAAACCAAACUGGUGCCCAAUCAAAGGGUUUUGUACUUACAAGCAAUUCAUAAUAUCAUAUCAUAUCAAUUGAUAAAAAAGAAAAAGUAUUGUCCUGUCUUUCUUUUAUUUCUGUUCAUUAAACAGCUCAUUAAAAAA